CCUAAAACACCGGAAUGGCCGCUCUGGCGCUCUCAGUCUUCUCUCUGCUAGCCAGUUUGCAAAACAAUUUACUCUUAUUGUACGUGUCACGUAAAGGCUGCAGAUUUACGGUUAGAUUAAAGUUAAGAAUUAGUAACAUCCUAAAACACGACGAUGUCUUUGCAAAGUUGCUUACCAAGGAAAAAAAAUAA